AUGUCCCAGAACACUAUGCAGGGUAAUCAGCACCCUCGCGCCCCGAGUACGCAUCGUGCGAAGUCCGCUAUGCGCGCCCGCCCUCCCGAACAGCAGGAGGUAACUAAAAUCGAGGAUGAAGACGACCUGGACAAGAUGAUUCGUAAACAAUACGAGCAUAAGGGCAAUGCUAAGGAGGAGGACAACGAAGACUCUCUCUCCGAGCUACCCCUACCUUCGAAGGAAAUGCGCAACGCAUUAGGACAACACACUAGUCCCUUCGACCUUGUGGACUUCAUUCCAUUCGUAGAAGGAGGUCGAGGUCGUUUCUACGACGUGCUCUUUCGAGCGAAGCUAAUGCUUAACCGUAUUCGUAAUGCGAACGCGGAUUUGGAGCGCAAGAUUAAGGAGCUUACAAAGUAUAACGGCUCUCUAACUAACAAGGUUAACAAGCACGAGGCCCGCGCCGGCAAGAUUAAGGCGUUCAUCGAGGGGAUUCAGAGGGACAUUGCCACAUAG